GCGCUUUCUCUGUUUGUCACGUCAGCACGCACAUGGCAAAAUGCCAUUUUGUUCGAAAAUUUUAGUUUCUCUGUGAAUUUUUUUUCAAAUCUUCUUUUUAUCGAUGACAAGAUUUGCUAGAAGUGGAAAGAAGAAGUUCUUGGAAGCUUCAACUUGGGAAGAGCUUUCAAGUGAUAAACAUACGUGGAAAAAAGUAAAACACAAUGACACAAAUAAGGGUUGUUGUAAGUUAGACAAGACGACAAGAAAUGUUGAUGGCAAAGGAACAAAAACUCAGAGAAGGACAUUCCCAGAUGCCAAAAGGCUGAAACAGAUAGAAUCAAGAAGAUUAAGGAGGCAGAAGGGCAAGUGUUGUUUUAUAUGUCGAAAAUAUGGACACAAGGCUGUAGCUUGUCCUAAUGAAAAUGAUAUGAACAUUGGUACUUGUUUUAAAUGUGGCUCCUCAAGUCAUACAACUCAAAAUUGUAAAGAGAAUGUGGACAAGAACAUCUCAGGGCCAUUUCCAUUUGCAAAAUGUUUCAUUUGUCAUGAAAUGGGUCAUUUAGCAAGAUCUUGUUCUGAAAAUCCACGAGGAUUAUAUCCAAAUGGUGGUGGUUGUAAGGUGUGUGGCUCAGUUGAACAUCUAAAACGAGACUGUCCCAUGAUUACAAGAAAAUACAAAGAUAACACGACAGUUACGUUCAACUUAACUACAGACGAAGAAUCCAAACACACUAAAAGCGCCGAUCAUGAGGAGAGUUUAGAAAAUGUGGUUCAAUCAAAUGAACGUCGCGAAAAGAAAGAAAAAGUUGUCAAAUUUUGAGAUUUUCCAACGAACAUCUUUACUGGCAACAAACUUUAAACAUGUGAGUUUUGUUCUUUCAUAUUUCUUUACUUUAACGAUUAUCAUCGUUCUCUCUUAUUACGAUUUUACUCAACAACCAGACUAAUAAAGCCUGAUAUCUUUCUUCGUGAAAUAUGCAGAAGAUUGAUGUUUAAGUGUUGUAAUUUCUCUCGAAACGUAACAUAUUUAAAAGAACUGUUUAACUGUUGACAACAGUUAAACAACAUGAAAUUAUUCGACAAUAAUAUGAUUAAUUCCAAUAGAUAGAUAUUCUUUUUAUACAACAUGCUUAAUUUUAGUUUUAUCAA